GAUUUUAUUCGAAAUGAGCCUUUGAUCUACCUUUCAAUCAUUCUCUCUAGAGUACAUGCCCAAGAUCAAAUCAUGGCACGUUUGAUUCCACCUGGUAGUGAGAAAACAAGGUUUUAUACUGCUAAAGUAUUUCCAGGGAUGGUUGGUGGUAUGAUAGUUGUAGGCUUUAUCAUGCUUUUGACCAGUGGCAUAGUGCUUGGAUGGAAAAACUAUCAUUUCAAAGUGACCAGAGGAGAGAAUAAGAGGCCAUUUGAGUGGUAUUUGGGGGCUGGAGUGUGCAUUACAGCGGCCAGCAUAGCCAGUUUCAUAGUGAUUAAAAGAGCAGAUUCUCCUCUUGUGAAGAAAUGUUCCCUAGUGUACAUCAUAAUUCUUGCUUUGGCCACCAUUUUCACUUUGGUUGCAGUCAUCACAAGUUUUACUUUAGAGCUUGAUGACAUGGAAAAUGAUAUGAAGAUCAAUAUUCAGGACUAUGGUUUAGGAAGAAAAAGAGAAGAAACAAUGAAUAUCAACACGCUACAAAGUGAAGAGGAUUGUUGUGGAGUGAAUUAUUAUACUGACUGGAGAAACACAAAGUUUGGAGGACGUAGAAUCUUCGCAGUACCAGACACCUGCUGUAAAACAAAUGAGUUUGGGUGUGGCUUUAAGUUUGAAACUGACGAUAUCAACCGCAGGGGAUGUUUAGAGGUGGUAAAGGGCUCUGUAGGAAAACGUCUAUUGGUAGUCAAGAUAAUGGGAUUAUUUAUCUUGUUUGUUGAGGUUGGUGUGGUGGUUGCCACGGCAAUCAUUUGGAAGAAAUACAUGAGUGAGUGGUGACUGACUGAUAAUGGCUGUGAAGGACCACAUGAACGCAUGCAUAACCCGUGAUUGUGGUCUAAAGGCCUGACUGAUCACGUUAGUGUCAUGUGAUAUAAUGUCAGUGCCGAAAACACAAUUAUGUUUUCAAUUUGUUGAUCUCUUUCGCAUCACUAUUUUAUCUUAGUGUCAAUUUUAGCGAGCAGAGAUUUUCGUAUCAACAACUGAACCCCUAUUUCGCAUAUUUAUGUGAACACAUAAUUUUGUGUUUUCGUCUAUGUUUAAAGGGGCUCUUUCAACUUUUAGCUUCAUUCUAAGAGGCAUUAAAUAUGAGCAAAAAUAGAACCUAAUAGUAUGUUCAAUAGCCCUCUCUGACCACUAAAUCACGUGGGAGAAGGUUGAAAGUUAGGGUAGAGCACGAACAGUUGUACAGUUUUCUUUUCUCUCUAUUGUCGUUUUUUGCCCAAGGAUCACAUCUUGAUAUUAAAUUGAGGAAAAAGCAGACUAAUUUUAAGCAGCACAAAGUUUGUUAAAAUGUCAAUUUUUUUUUACAAUUUAUUUCGCAGUUUUGUAUAAUUAUCGAUGAUUAACAUUUUGUUUUGUUUGUUUGUGUGCGAUCUAUUUGAUGUCUUAACUACGGCUUUAUUUGUAGUCUGAUUACUUGUUACGAUCUCAACAAGAUCGUCUUGACUGAAUAAUCUCAACAACAUGAAGUUUUUACUCGCCAUGAUUUUAUUUACCCGCGGCUUUCUCAGACGAAAUGUUUACUCGUUGAUAUUUAUUAAUUCUCUAAAUUGUGUGCUUUUCUCCGACAGGUUAGAAUGUGGUAGUACUUUCUAAUUAUAUGAAUGGAGUAUCUUGAGGUUUUCUUUUUCUUUUUAAAAUUUAAAUUGUCUUUGGAUAGACACUAACUUUCCUCUGCGCUCCUCUUAGCUCUAAACACUUAUUCUAGCAUAAAUAGUUGGAUUUGCUCAUUUUUUGUGAUUACUGACCACCCAUGGUGGACGUUUAGUUUACGCAGUUAAUAAAAGCACUCAGGGGCUUUACUGAG